UGCAGGGAAGGAGCAAGGGGAUACCCAGGAGCUCAGGGCUGCCAAGGGGCGCCCACCCACCCUGCCCUGAGAACCCUCUUCCCCGGUCCGGGACAGAGCAGGUGCAGACACACUGAAGCUGCUGGUUACCCAGCCUCCGGAAAGAUGCCCACCCAAUGUUCCCUAACCUCCAACCUGGCUCUUCUGAUGCUGCUGGGCACUGUCACAGCAGGCCCUUUCUCUCCACGGUCCAACGUGACACUCCCAGCCCCACGGCCCCCUCCCCAGCCAGGGGGUCGUACAGUGCAGCCAGAAAGGGGAGGCCCUUCUUCUCGGCUCUACGAGCACACCGUGGAAGGAGGGGAGAAGCAGGUGGUGUUCACCCACCGCAUUAACCUGCCCCCUUCAGCUGGCUGUGGCUGUCCCCCAGGCACUGAGCCCCCUGUCCCUGCUUCAGAGGUGCAGGCCUUGAGGGUCCGACUGGAGAUCCUGGAGGAGCUGGUGAAGGGGCUCAAGGAACAGUGCACUGGGGGGUGUUGUCCUCCAGCUGCCCAAGCUGGCACAGGCCAGACCGACAUUCGAAGCCUCUGCAGUCUUCAUGGUGUGUUUGACCUGAGCCGCUGUGCCUGCUCCUGCGAGCCAGGAUGGGGUGGGCCCACCUGCUCAGACCCUGCAAGUGCCGAGGGACCCCCCUCCUCGCCACCCUCCGCCCCCGGUUCCUGCCCGGACGACUGCAAUGAUCAGGGUCGCUGUGUCCGUGGUCGCUGCGUGUGCUUCCCUGGCUACACCGGGCCCAGUUGUAGCUGGCCCUCCUGCCCCGGGGACUGCCACGGCCGCGGGCGCUGCGUGCAGGGCGUGUGCGUGUGCCGCGCGGGCUUCUCCGGGGACGACUGCAGUGUGCGCUCCUGCCCUCGCGGCUGCAGCCAGAGGGGACGCUGCGAGGACGGGCGCUGCGUGUGCAAUCCAGGCUACAGUGGCGAGGACUGUGGGGUGAGGAGCUGCCCCCGAGACUGCAGCCAGAGAGGACGCUGCGAGAAUGGGCGCUGCGUGUGCAACCCCGGUUACACUGGCGACGACUGUGGGGUGAGGAGCUGUCCCCGAGGCUGCAGCCAGAAGGGGCGCUGCGAGGACGGGCGCUGCGUCUGUGACCCGGGUUACGCUGGCGACGACUGCGGCUCGCGGACCUGCCCGUGGGACUGUGGGGAGGGCGGACGCUGUGUGGACGGCCGCUGCGUGUGCUGGCCCGGGUACGCGGGCGAGGACUGCAGCACGCGGACCUGUCCCCGCGACUGUCGGGGCCGAGGGCGUUGCGAGGAUGGCGAAUGCAUCUGCGACCCAGGCUACAGCGGGGACGACUGCGGCGUGCGCAGCUGCCCGGGCGACUGCAACCAAAGGGGCCGCUGCGAGGACGGCCGCUGCGUGUGCUGGCCCGGGUACUCGGGGCCCGACUGCGGCGCGCGUGCCUGCCCGCGCGACUGUCGGGGCCGCGGGCGCUGCGAGAACGGCGUAUGCGUGUGCCACGCGGGCUACAGUGGCGAGGACUGCGGCGUGCGCAGCUGUCCCGGGGACUGUCGCGGCCGGGGCCGUUGCGAGAGUGGCCGCUGCGUGUGUUGGCCCGGGUACACAGGCCGGGACUGCGGUACGCGCGCCUGCCCUGGCGACUGUCGCGGGCGCGGGCGCUGCGUAGACGGCCGCUGCGUGUGCAACCCGGGCUUCGCAGGAGAGGACUGCGGGAGCCGUCGGUGUCCCGGGGACUGUCGCGGUCGCGGCCGCUGCGAAGAUGGCGUGUGCUCGUGCGACGUGGGCUACGAGGGCGAAGACUGCGGCACGCGCAGCUGCCCCAGGGGUUGCCAAGGCCGCGGCCAAUGCCUGGAGGGGCGCUGCGUGUGCGACGACGGCUACGAGGGUGAGGACUGCGGCGUGAGACGGUGCCCGCGCGACUGCAACCAGCGCGGCGUGUGCCAGGACGGUGUGUGCACCUGUUGGGAGGGCUUCGCGGGCGAGGACUGCGGCCUCCGUGUCUGCCCCUCCAACUGUCACCGGCACGGCCGCUGCGAGAACGGGCGCUGCGUGUGCGACUCAGGCUACACAGGCCCCUCCUGCGCCACCCGCACUUGCCCGGCCGACUGCCGGGGCCAUGGUCGCUGUGUGCAGGGCAUGUGCGUGUGCCACCUGGGCUACAGCGGCGAGGACUGUGGGCAGGAAGAGCCUCCUGCCAGCGCCUGCCCCGGGGGCUGCGGGCCGCGGGAAUUGUGCCGCGCAGGCCAGUGCGUCUGCGUCGAGGGUUUCCGGGGCCCCGAUUGCGCCAUCCAGACGUGCCCCAGGGACUGCCGUGGCCGGGGAGAGUGUCGUGAGGGCAGCUGCGUCUGCCAAGACGGCUAUGCAGGGGAGGACUGCGGGGAAGAGGUGCCGGCCAUUGAGGGCAUGAGGAUGCACCUGCUGGAGGAGACGACGGUUCGGACAGAGUGGACCCGGGCUCCCGGCAAUGUGGAUGCCUACGAAAUCCAGUUCAUCCCAACGACAGAGGGGGCGAGCCCCCCAUUCACAGCACGGGUGCCCAGCUCUGCCUCAGCCUAUGACCAGAGAGGAUUAGCCCCUGGUCAGGAGUACCAGGUCACUGUCCGUGCCCUUCGAGGGACUAGCUGGGGCCCUCCUGCCUCCAAGACCAUCACCACCAUGAUUGACGGUCCCCAGGACCUCCGUGUGGUGGCUGUGACACCAACCACCCUGGAGCUCAACUGGCUGCGUCCCCAAGCUGAAGUGGACCGGUUUGUGGUGUCCUACGUCAGUGCUGGCAACCAGAGGGUGCGGCUGGAAGUGCCCUCUGAGGCAGACGGGACGCUGCUGACCGGCCUGAUGCCAGGUGUAGAAUACGUGGUGACCGUCACUGCCGAGCGGGGCCGGGCAGUAAGCUACCCAGCUUCCAUCAGGGCCAACACAGGGUCCUCCCCCUCAGGCCUCUUGGGGGCCACUGAUGAGCCUCCUCCCUCAGGCCCUUCAACGACUCAAGGGGCUCAGGCGCCCGUCCUGCAGCAGCGCCCCCAGGAGCUGGCCGAGUUGAGGGUGCUGGGCAAAGACAAGACAGGGCGCCUCCGAGUGGCCUGGACUGCCCAGCCUGACACCUUUACCCACUUCCAGCUGCGCCUACGGGUGCCCGAAGGGCCAGGGGCCCAUGAGGAGCUACUGCCAGGGGAUGUCCGUCAGGCUCUGGUGCCCUCACCCCCUGCUGAAUCCCCCUACGAGUUGUCACUUCGUGGGAUCCCUCCCAGCGGCGAGCCCUCUGCCCCUCUCAUCUACCAAGGCAUUAUGGACAAGGAUGGGGAGAAACCUGGGAAGCCCUUGGCCCCACCUCGCCUGGGCAAGCUGACAGUGACGGACGUGACCUCCGACUCCCUGCUUCUGCACUGGACAGUCCCUGAGGGCGAGUUUGAUUCCUUCGUGAUCGAGUACAAAGACAGGGACAGGCCCCAGGUGGUGCCUGUAGAAGGGCCCCAGCGCACAGCCCUCAUCUCCAACCUGGACGUCGGCCGCAAGUACAAAUUUGUCCUGUACGGGCUCGUGGGCAAGAAGAGGCACGGCCCCCUGGUGGCUGAAGCCAAGAUCUUGCCUCAGACUGAUCCCAGCCCAGUGACUCCGCCCCGCCUGGGGACGCUGUGGGUGACUGAUCCCACCCCAGACUCACUGCACCUCUCCUGGACUGUCCCUGAGGGCCAGUUUGACUCCUUCGUGGUCCAGUACAGGGACAAGGACGGACGGCCGCAGGUGGUGCCCGUGGAAGGGCCCGAGCGCUCGGUCAUUAUCUCCCCGCUGGACCCUGACCACAAGUACAGAUUCACUCUGUUUGGGAUUGCCAACAAGAAACGGCACGGCCCCCUCACGGCCGAUGGCACCACCGCCCCAGAGAAGAAAGAGGAGCCCCGCCAUGCAGAGCCCCCAGAGCAGCCCCUGCUGGGGGAGCUGACGGUGACUGGCACCACUGCAGACUCCCUGCGCCUCUCCUGGACGGUGGCCCAGGGCUCUUUCGACUCCUUCGUGGUCCAGUACAAGGAUGCCCAGGGGCGGCCCCAAGCAGUGCCCGUCAGGGGUGAUGAGAAUGAGGUCUCCAUCCCCGGCCUGGAGCCCAAUCGGAAGUAUAAGAUGAACCUCUAUGGGCUUCAUGGCAGGCAGCGCGUGGGGCCUGUGUCCGUGGUGGCCACCACAGUCCCUCAGGAAGUCCUGGAUGAGACCCCCAGCACCACAGAGAUGGAGGAGACCCUCAGCCCCACAGAACCCAGCACAGAGGCCCCGGAGCCCCGCAAGAAGCCCCUCCUGGGGGAGCUGACAGUGACAGGAUCCUCCCCGGACUCGCUGAGCCUCUCCUGGACUGUCCCCCAGGGCCACUUUGACUCCUUCACCGUCCAGUACAGAGACGGGGAUGGGCAACCCAGGGUGAUGAGGGUGCCAGGAGAUGAGGACGGGGUCACCAUCUCGGGCCUGGAGCCAGACCACAAGUACAAGAUGAACCUGUAUGGCUUCCAUGACCGCCAGCGUGUGGGCCCCGUCUCUGUCAUCGGGGUGACCACUUCAGAGGAAGAGACCCCCAGCCCCACAGAGAUGGAGGAGACCCCCAGCCCCACAGAGGUGGAAGAGACCCCCAGCCCCACAGAGAUGGAGGAGACCCCCAGCCCCACGGAACCCAGCACAGAGGCCCCGGAGCCCCCCGAGGAGCCCCUCCUGGGGGAGCUGACGGUGACAGGAUCCUCCCCAGACUCGCUGAGCCUCUCCUGGACCGUCCCCCAGGGCCACUUUGACUCCUUCACCGUCCAGUACAAGAAUGGGGAUGGGCAGCCCCAGGUGGUGAGGGUGCCCGGGGACGAGGACGAGGUCACUGUCUCAGGCCUGGAGCCAGACCACAAGUACAAGAUGAACCUGUACGGCUUCCAUGACCGCCAGCGUGUGGGCCCCGUCUCUGUCAUCGGGGUGACCACUGCAGAGGAAGAGACCCCCAGCCCCACAGAGAUGGAGGAGACCCCCAGCCCCACAGAGAUGGAGGAGACCCCCAGCCCCACGGAACCCAGCACAGAGGCCCCGGAGCCCCCUGAGGAGCCCCUUCUAGGGGAGCUGACAGUGACAGGAUCCUCCCCAGACUCGCUGAGCCUCUCCUGGACCGUCCCCCAGGGCCACUUCGACUCUUUCACCGUCCAGUACAAGGGCAGGGACGGGCCCCAGGUGGUGCGUGUUGGGGGCGAGGAGACUGAGGUGACCGUUGGGGGCCUGGAGCCCGGACGCAAGUACAAGAUGAACCUGUACGGCCUGCACGGGGGGCGGCGCGUGGGCCCCGUGUCCACCGUGGGUGUGACCGCUCCACAAGCAGAAGAGACUCCUCCGGCCACCGAGCCCCCCAAGGAACCGCGCCUCGGGGAGCUGACAGUGACAGAUGUGACCCCCAACUCCGUGGGCCUCGCAUGGACAGUCCCUGAGGGUCAGUUUGACUCUUUUGUGGUCCAGUACAAGGACAGGGACGGGCAGCCCCACGUGAUCCCUGUGGCUGCAGACCAGCGAGAGGUCACUGUCUCCGGGCUGGAGCCUGAGCGCAAAUACAGGAUGAACGUGUACGGCCUACAUGGUGGGCAGCGCGUGGGCCCCCUCUCCGUGGUGGCCCUGACUGCUCCCGUCCCCCCAGCCCCAGUCACAGAGCCUCCCGUGGAGCCACGCCUGGGGGAGCUGACGGUGACAGAUGUGACCCCGGACUCCGUGGGCCUCUCCUGGACCGUCGCCGAGGGCAAAUUCGACUCCUUCUUGGUCCAGUACAAGGACAGGGACGGGCAGCCCCAGGUGGUGCCUGUGGCCGCCGACCAGCGUGAGGUCACCGUCCCCGGCCUGGAGCCCAGUAGGAAAUACAAGUUCCUGCUCUUUGGGAUCCAAGAUGGGAAACGCCGUGGCCCAGUCUCUGUGGAGGCAAAGACAGUUGGCCGAGGUGACGCCAGCCCAGGAGCCCCACCCCGCCUCGGGGAGCUGUGGGUGACAGACCCCACCCCAGACUCACUGCGCCUCUCCUGGACGGUCCCCGAGGGCCACUUCGACUCCUUUGUGGUCCAGUUCAAGGACAGGGAUGGGCCCCGCGUGGUGUCCGUGGAGGGCCAUGAGCGCUCAGUCACCAUCAGCCCUCUGGACUCCGGCCGCAAGUACAGAUUCCUUGUCUACGGCCUCCUGGGCAAGAGGCGCCAUGGCCCCCUCACCGCCGAGGGCACCACAGAGACCCACAGAGCAGUGGACGAGUCUGGAACAAAGCGUCCCUCCAAACCACGUCUGGGGGAAGAGUUGCAGGUGACCGGUGUGACAUCAGACUCCGUGGGCCUCUCGUGGACAGUCCCCGAGGGCCACUUCGACUCCUUUGUGAUCCAGUACAGGGACAGAGAUGGCCAACCCCAGGUGGUGCCUGUGGAGGGCAGCCACAGGGAGGUCAGUGUCUCGGGCCUGGACCCUGCCCGCAGGUACAAGCUACUGCUCUACGGGCUGUCCAGGGACAAGCGAGUGGGUCCCAUCUCCACCAUCGCUGUGACUGAACCAGCCCCCAGGGAAGAAAUCGAAGCUGAGCCUGAAACUUUCAGUCAUGCAGCAUCUGAGCCCCAUCUGGGGGAGGUGACUCUGGAGGAGGCCACCCCACACAGCCUGCAUCUCUCAUGGACAGCAACUGAGGGAGAAUUUGACUCCUUUGAGGUCCAAUACACAGAUGAGGAUGGGCAACGCCAAGAAGUUAAUGUAGGGGGCGACCAGCAUGACAUCACCAUCUCUGACCUGGAAUCUGACCACAGAUACCUGGUGAGCCUGUACGGUUUCCACAACGGGCAACGUGUUGGUCCUGCCCACAUCGAGGCCAUGACAGCCCCAAGAGAGGAGGAUGAUGAACCUUCAGAAUCUCCCUCUACCCCCCAAACCCCGUCCACCGUGGCCCCCAAGCCACCCAUCAAGCCCCGCCUCGGGGAGCUGGAGGUGACAGAUGCCACGCCUGACUCCCUGAGCCUCUUCUGGACCAUCCCCGAGGGCCAGUUCGACCACUUCCUGAUCCAGUACAAGAACGGGGAUGGGCAGCCCAAGGUGGUGAGGGUCCCUGGGGAUGAGGACGAGGUCACCAUCUCGGGCCUGGAGCCAGACCACAAGUACAAGAUGAACCUCUAUGGCUUCCACGACCGCCAGCGUGUGGGCCCUGUCUCUGUCAUCGGGGUGACCACUGCAGAGGAAGAGACACCCAGCCCCACAGAGAUGGAGGAGACCCCCAGCCCCACAGAGAUGGAGGAGACCCCCAGCCCCACAGAACCCAGCACAGAGGCCCCGGAGCCCCCCGAGGAGCCCCUGCUGGGGGAGCUGAUGGUGACAGGAUCCUCCCCAGACUCGCUGAGCCUCUCCUGGACCGUCCCCCAGGGCCACUUUGACUCCUUCACCGUCCAGUACAAGAAUGGGGAUGGGCAGCCCCAGGUGGUGAGGGUGCCCGGGGACGAGGACGAGGUCACUGUCUCAGGCCUGGAGCCAGACCACAAGUACAAGAUGAACCUGUACGGCUUCCAUGACCGCCAGCGUGUGGGCCCCGUCUCUGUCAUCGGGAUGACCACUGCAGAGGAAGAGACCCCCAGCCCCACAGAGAUGGAGGAGACCCCCAGCCCCACGGAACCCAGUACAGAGGCCCCGGAGCCCCCCGAGGAGCCCCUUCUAGGGGAGCUGACAGUGACAGGAUCCUCCCCAGACUCGCUGAGCCUCUCCUGGACCGUCCCCCAGGGCCACUUCGACUCCUUCACCGUCCAGUACAAGGGCAGGGACGGGCCCCAGGUGGUGCGUGUCGGGGGCGAGGAGACUGAGGUGACCGUUGGGGGCCUGGAGCCCGGACGCAAGUACAAGAUGAACCUGUACGGCCUGCACGGGGGGCAGCGCAUGGGCCCCGUGUCCACUGUGGGCGUGACUGCCCCAGGAGAGGAGCCCCCUGCUAGCCCUCCUUUGAAGCCACAGCUGGGAGAGCUGACUGUGACAGAUGCCACUCCCGACUCGCUGAGCCUCUCCUGGACUGUCCCCGAGGGCCAGUUUGACCACUUCCUAGUCCAAUACAAGAACGGGGACGGGCAGCCCAAGGCAGUAAGGGUGCCUGGGGACGAGGAUCGGGUCACCAUCUCGGGCCUGGAGCCAGACCACAAGUACAAGAUGAACCUGUCCGGCUUCCACGACGGCCAGCGCGUGGGCCCCGUCUCCACUGUCGGUCUGACUGCCUCAGAAAAAGACCAUGAAAUGACGCCAGCCCCAACAGACCUGCCCACUGCAGCUCCUGAGCCUCCCACCAAGCCCCGCCUGGGGGAACUGGCAGUGACGGAUGCCACCCCCGACUCCCUGAGCCUCUCCUGGACCAUCCCCGAGGGCCAGUUCGACCACUUCCUGAUCCAGUACAAGAACGGGGACGGGCAGCCCAAGGCAGUGAGGGUGCCUGGGGACGAGGACGAGGUCACCAUCUCGGGCCUGGAGCCAGACCACAAGUACAAGAUGAACCUGUAUGGCUUCCACGACCGCCAGCGUGUGGGCCCUGUCUCUGUCAUCGGGGUGACCACUGCAGAGGAAGAGACCCCCAGCCCCACAGAGAUGGAGGAGACCCCCAGCCCCACGGAACCCAGCACAGAGGCCCCGGAGCCCCCCGAGGAGCCCCUCCUGGGGGAGCUGACGGUGACAGGAUCCUCCCCAGACUCGCUGAGCCUCUCCUGGACCGUCCCCCAGGGCCACUUCGACUCCUUCACCGUCCAGUACAAGAACGGGGAUGGGCAGCCUCAGGUGGUGAGGGUGCCAGGGCAUGACAGUGGGGUCACCAUCUCGGGCCUGGAGCCAGACCACAAGUACAAGAUGAACCUGUACGGCUUCCAUGACCGCCAGCGUGUGGGCCCCGUCUCUGUCAUCGGGGUGACCACUGCAGAGGAAGAGACCCCCAGCCCCACAGAGAUGGAGGAGACCCCCAGCCCCACGGAACCCAGCACAGAGGCCCCGGAGCGCCCUGAGGAGCCCCUCCUGGGGGAGCUGAUGGUGACAGGAUCCUCCCCAGACUCGCUGAGCCUCUCCUGGACCGUCCCCCAGGGCCACUUCGACUCCUUCACCGUCCAGUACAAGGGCAGGGACGGGCCCCAGGUGGUGCGUGUUGGGGGCGAGGAGACUGAGGUGACCGUUGGGGGCCUGGAGCCCGGACGCAAGUACAAGAUGAACCUGUACGGCCUGCUCGGGGGGCAGCGCGUGGGCCCCGUGUCCACCGUGGGCGUGACCGACCCUCAGGAGGUUGUGGAAGAGACCCCCAGCCCCACGGAGCCCAGCACAGAGGCCCCAGAGCCCCCCGAGGAGCCCCUCCUGGGGGAGCUGACGGUGACAGGAUCCUCCCCGGACUCGCUGAGCCUCUCCUGGACCGUCCCCCAGGGCCACUUCGACUCCUUCACCGUCCAGUACAAGGGCAGGGACGGGCCCCAGGUGAUGCGUGUCAGGGGCGAGGAGACUGAGGUGACCAUUGGGGGCCUGGAGUCCGGACACAAGUACAAGAUGAACUUGUACGGCCUGCACGGGGGGCGGCGCGUGGGCCCCGUGUCCACCGUGGGCGUGACCGCUCUGGACUACGACUCCAUGACCACCCAAACCCCAUCCACUGCGGUCCCCGAGCCUCCCACCAAGCCCCGCCUGGGGGAGCUGACUGUGACAGAUGCCACCCCCGACUCCCUGAGCCUCUCCUGGACCGUCCCUGAGGGCCAGUUCGACCACUUCCUGAUCCAGUACAAGAACGGGGACGGGCAGCCCAAGGCAGUGAGGGUGCCUGGGGACGAGGACGAGGUCACCAUCUCGGGCCUGGAGCCAGACCACAAGUACAAGAUGAACCUGUAUGGCUUCCACGACCGCCAGCGUGUGGGCCCUGUCUCUGUCAUCGGGGUGACCACUGCAGAGGAAGAGACCCCCAGCCCCACAGAGGUGGAGGAGACCCCCAGCCCCACAGAACCCAGCACAGAGGCCCCGGAGCCCCCCGAGGAGCCCCUUCUAGGGGAGCUGACAGUGACAGGAUCCUCCCCAGACUCGCUGAGCCUCUCCUGGACCGUCCCCCAGGGCCACUUCGACUCCUUCACCGUCCAGUACAAGGGCAGGGACGGGCCCCAGGUGGUGCGUGUCGGGGGCGAGGAGACUGAGGUGACCGUUGGGGGCCUGGAGCCCGGACACAAGUACAAGAUGAACCUGUACGGCCUGCACGGGGGGCAGCGCGUGGGCCCCGUGUCCACCGUGGGCGUGACCGCCUCCCUGACUACGGAGCCCCGCCUGGCACCCCGCCUGGGGGAGCUGACGGUGGCAGCCGUGACCUCGGACACAGCGCGCCUCUCAUGGACGGUGGAGCAGGGGCCCUUCGAUUCCUUCCUGGUCCAGUACAAGGAUGUGCAGGGGCAGCCCCAGACAGUGCCCGUGGGUGGAGACCUCCGAGAGGUCACAGUUUCAAGCUUGGCCCCCGGCCGCAAGUACAAGUUCCUGCUGUUCGGACUCCGGGAUGAGAAACGACAUGGCCCAGUCUCUGCAGACGCAAAGACUCUCCCAGACACAAAACCUGCUCCCCGCCUGGGGGAGCUGACGGUGACGGAUGUGACCCCGGACUCUGUGGGCCUCUCCUGGACCGUCCCUGAGGGUGAAUUCGACUCCUUCGUGGUCCAGUACAAGGAUAGGGACGGGCAGCCCCGCAUGGUGCCUGUGGCCGCCGACCAGCGUGAGGUCACCAUCCCUGGCCUGGAGCCCAAUAGGAAAUACAAGUUCCUGCUCUAUGGGCUGGUAGGCAGGAAACGACUGGGCCCCAUCUCUGCUGAAGGCAGCACAGCCCCCCUGGAGAAGGAACGGCAGCCCCCACCCCGCCUGGGGGAGCUGACAGUGACGGAUGAGACCCCAAACUCCCUGCGCCUCUCAUGGACGGUGGCCCAGGGCCCCUUUGACUCCUUCGUGGUCCAGUACAGGGGCACAGACGGGCAGCCCCAGAUGGUGCCUGUGGCUGCAGACCAGAGGGAGGUCACCGUAGAGGGCCUGGAGCCUGGCAGGAAAUACAAGUUUCUGCUCUACGGGCUCCUUAGAGGACAGCGCCUGGGCCCCGCCUCUGUCCUGGGAAUGACAGCCCCAGAAGAGGACACACCAGCACCCUGGCGCCCAGCCACAGAGGCCCCCAAGCCCCCUGAAGGGCCCCGCCUAGGGGUGCUGGCGGUGAGGGACGUGUCCCCGGACUCCCUGCGCCUCUCCUGGAGCGUGGUCCGGGGCCCCUUCGACUCCUUUGUGGUCCAGUAUCAGGACACAGAUGGGCAGCCCCAGGCCUUGCUCGUGGGAGGCGACCAGAACAAGGUCCUCGUGUCCGGCCUGGAGCCCAGCACCUCCUACAAGUUCUUCCUCUAUGGCCUCCAUGAAGGGAAGCGCCUGGGGCCCGUCUCAGCUGACGGCACCACAGGGCCAGUUCCUGCGGGUCAGACCCCCGGAGAGCCGGGGCCCCGGCUGUCCCACCUGUCGGUGACUGAUGUGACCACGAGUUCACUGCGGCUCAACUGGGAGGCCCCACCCGAGGCCUUUGACUCCUUCCUGCUCCGCUUCGGAGUCCCAUCUCCAAGCACCCUGGAACCGCAGCUACGUCCCCUGCUGCAGCGGGAGCUGACGGUGCCAGGGACACGGCGCUCAGCCGUGCUGCGGGACCUGCAUCCAGGGACCCUGUACACCCUUACAUUGUACGGGCUGCGCGGGCCCCACAAGGCCGACAGCAUCCAGGGCACAGCCCGGACCCUCAGUCCAGUUCUGGAGAGCCCCCGUGACCUCCAGUUCAGCGAAAUCAGGGAGACCUCAGCCAGGGUCAGCUGGACGCCCCCAGCGUCCAGGGUGGACGGCUUCAAAGUUUCCUACCAACUGGCAGAUGGAGGGGAGCCACAGAGUGUGCAGGUGGAUGGCCGGACCCAGAAACUCGAGGGGCUGAUCCCAGGCGCUCAGUACGAGGUGACUGUGGUCUCCGUCCGUGGCUUUGAGGAGAGUGAGCCUCUCACAGGCUUCUUGACCACAGUUCCUGAUGGCCCCACCCAGCUGCGGGCACUGAACCUGACUGAUGAAUCCGCCCUGCUGCACUGGAAGCCCCCCCAGACCCCGGUGGACACCUAUGACGUCAAGGUCACAGCCCCAGGGGCCCCUUCCCUCCAGGCCUCAGCCCCUGGCAGCGCCAUGGACUACCCCCUGCAGGGCCUGGUGACCCACACCAACUACACGGCAACCUUGCGUGGCCUUCGGGGCCCCAACUUCACCUCCCCAGCCAGCAUCACCUUCACCACAGGGUUGGAGGCGCCCCAGGACUUGGAGGCCAAGGAAGUGACCCCCCGGACAGCCCUGCUCACUUGGACGGCGCCCGAAGUCUCCCCAACUGGUUACCUGCUCAGCUUCAACACCCCAGGGGGACAGACCCAGGAGAUCCUGCUCCCAGGAAGGGUCACCUCUCACCAGCUCCGCGGCCUCUUUCCCUCCACCCCCUACAGCACAUGGCUCCGGGCCAUGUGGGGCGACAGCUUCACUCCCCCCGUGUCCACCUCCUUCACCACUGGUGGACUGCGGAUCCCCUUCCCCCGGGACUGUGGGGAGGAGAUGCAGAACGGGGUCAGCACAUCAAGGACCACCACCAUCUUCCUCAAUGGCAACCGCGAGCGACCCCUGAAUGUGUUUUGCGACAUGGAGACCGAUGGGGGUGGCUGGCUGGUAUUCCAGCGCCGCAUGGAUGGAAAAACGGACUUCUGGAGGGACUGGGAGGACUACGCCCAUGGUUUUGGGAACAUCUCUGGGGAGUUCUGGCUGGGCAAUGAGGCCCUGCACAGCCUGACCAAAGCCGGCGACUACUCCUUGCGAGUGGAUCUGCGGGCUGGGGACGAGGCCGUGUUUGCCCAGUACGACUCCUUCCAAGUAGACUCGGCCGAUGAGUACUACCGCCUCCACCUGGAAGGCUACCACGGCACCGCAGGGGACUCCAUGAGCUACCACAGCGGCAGUGUCUUCUCUGCCCGGGACCGAGACCCCAACAACUUGCUCAUCUCCUGUGCCGUCUCUUACCGAGGGGCCUGGUGGUACAGGAACUGCCACUAUGCCAACCUGAACGGGCUUUAUGGGAGCACAGUGGACCACCAGGGAGUGAGCUGGUACUACUGGAAGGGCUUCGAUUUCUCCGUGCCCUUCACGGAAAUGAAGCUGAGACCGAGAAGCUACCGGCCCCCGGGCAGGGGAGGCUGAGCCGCCGCUCACCCCUCCAGCGCCCCACCAUGACUGCCGAGCACUGAGGGGUUGCGCCGAGAGAAGAGCCAGGGGCCACCUUGACCAUCCAGCCACCAGCGGAAGCCUUCUCCACCCGCGAUCUCACAGCACCAUGUUUACAGGGGGGAGGGCAGGGGUUUGUAUGGGAGCAAUAAAAGGAGACACCGAG